UUCUGUCAGCUGAUUGGAAGACGUCAAAGCAGUCAACAAAGCCAUGCGCUCAAUGUUUUGAUGGUUUAGUUCUCCGACUGGUGCUCGUCUGGUGUGCGCGUUGCGUUGGUGUCUUGUCACUUAACGAUGCCGUUCAUUUCUAAAGACUGGAGAUCUCCUGGGGAGGAGUGGGUUAAAACAGAAGAGGGAUGGGAGAAAAAGAAAAUACUUGAAUGUGGGCGGCAGAUUAACGGCAGUGCGCAGGACAACAUGGAUACCAGAUGCGGCACCACGGCCCUCGGAACGUUCAGCGCAGACCUGAGCUUCUCCAACAGGUGGAUGGACGAAGAGGACAAGGAGAACAUGGUGACGGAGGAGUCGCCGCCUACCGACACGCUGGCCAUCGCGCAGAGCAUCAGCAGGGGCGCCUCUGAUGGGACAGUGAAGCCACAUUGCCACAUCACAAUCAAGUGUACACGAGAGAUAGCUGGAUUCAAUGGACUGAGUGAUGCUUUUAAGCGUCUUGACUUUAGGAAUGCAGUUCAUGAUGUUAGACGUUUCAACUAUAUCUGUAAACUUCUUGAUCUCUUGAUCUCACAAAAGCUUACCAUGCUCUCUGGUUGUGCACAGAAGGUUCUGUUCAACAUGCUGGAAGAAGUUGCUUAUCAAGUGUCUGCAAGCCAACAGAACAUCCAUAUGCUUAACAAACUGCUGCAACAGCUGAGGAUGAUGAUUGACUGCGCAUGUUGGGGUCGACCUCUGGGCAGCACACUUUUGUGGGAGCAGCACUUACGAACAAUAAAUCGUAUACUCUCUAUAGCUAACUGUAUAGAAAUCCGUGAGCCAGGUGAUGAUGUCUUCCCAAAGCUACAGAACUUGCCUGAAGAAUGUGUCCGUGAAGUUUUACUCCGUCUUGCUGACCAUAAGGAUUUAGAGAGCAGUGGACGUGCCUACAGUGUCAUGCGACGGCUUGUUGAUGAGCAGCGCAUCUGGCGAGAAUUAUGUCAGUUCCACUUUACACAACAACAGAUUUCUCAUGUCCAAGGAGGACAGUCUCCUCCUCAUGACUGGCAGAGCACAUACCACAAACUACGAAAAGCCUUUGGUUUGCGAGAAGAAUAUGCAGAAAUGAUACAAUUGUGUAGAAGUUGCCGCUGUUUGUUUUGGAAAUCUAUUGGACAUCCUUGCAUUGUGGACCAAGAUCCAGAAUUCCAGGAGAAGUUGGAAAAUGUUGACAAGAACACACUUUAUGUACCCAUACCACCUCAAGCCUUCCUGAAAUUCUUUUCUCUGUGAUAUGGGAAAUUCUACAGAAGAAUUUAUUCUGCACGGAG